AUCGAUGGAGGCAGGAGGUUCCCAGGCCUGAAAUAAUCUGUUUUCCCAAGAAGCAAUUAUUAUUUACCAAUGGGAGGACUCGGGAAAAUGCGCUGGAAACAGUCGUGACCCUGCUGAUGAGUAGAUAAACACGCUCAAGAAAGCAUGCACAUCGCGUCUUGACAGCUGAAAACAUGGCAGACGAGCACGGACGGAAAUGGGACCGCUGCCUUGCUGACACCGCCGUGAAAACAGUAACUGGCAUCAGUGUGGGCAUCGUGCUCUCAGUCCUUUUCUUCAAACGACGCACAUGGCCGGUGUCGCUUGGCUCAGGUAUGGGACUGGGCAUGGGAUAUUCCAACUGCCAGCAUGACUUCAGGUCACCGUAUCUGCUUCAUGGCAACAUGGUUAAGGACCAGUAGGGAAGGACUGAGAAUGGUGAUUUGCUGAGCCAUUCCUGUCCUUGUUUUGUGCCGUCCAUGUUCAUUGGUUUUUUUGCUGCUUAUUCUUGUCCUGGCACUACUGCCCAAGGAGAUACUCAGUGUGUAUAUCAAAGGGCAGGCAAUGUAUAUUUAAUAAAGGAAUUAUGGAGUA